CCCGGAGGGGGCCGCCCGGUCCACCUACUUGCACAGGGACCCGCCUGACGGAUGCCAGGAAUUCCCAAUGAGAGGCGCUGGGGGGAAGUUUGGGCAACUCGGCCUGGCCAAUGGAGAACCUCGGGAGGGCUCUGCCCCUUCUCCCCGCCCCCGCCCGCCUCGGCUCCGGCAGCGCGAGUGUUCACUGAGCGCAGUGUGCGUGGAGAUUAGGUCGGAGCGCGCGCCCCGGGAAGGCAGUCCGUGAGCUCCAGCCGCCGGCGUCAGCAGCCUCAGCAGCCUCCGCUAGCAGAGCCGCGGCGGAAGCGGGCUCAGGGGAGCGAGCCCGGCCCCGCCAGCCCAGCCCAGCCCAGCCCUGCCGACUCCCUCCCCACGCCCGGGCAGCAGCUGCCGUCGCCUGGAGAGAAGGUGGAGGAAAAAAAAAAAAAAAUCCAGCCCCUAGCACGCGCGCACCAUCAUGGACCAUUAUGAUUCCCAGCAGACCAACGACUACAUGCAGCCCGAAGAGGACUGGGAUCGGGACCUGCUCCUGGAUCCAGCCUGGGAGAAGCAGCAGAGGAAGACGUUCACGGCCUGGUGCAACUCUCAUCUGCGGAAGGCGGGGACACAGAUCGAGAACAUUGAGGAGGACUUCCGAGAUGGCCUGAAGCUCAUGCUGCUCCUGGAGGUCAUCUCAGGCGAACGCUUGGCCAAGCCAGAGCGGGGCAAGAUGCGAGUGCACAAGAUCUCCAACGUCAACAAGGCCCUGGAUUUCAUAGCCAGCAAAGGAGUCAAGCUGGUGUCCAUCGGUGCCGAAGAAAUUGUGGACGGGAAUGUGAAGAUGACCCUGGGCAUGAUCUGGACCAUCAUCCUUCGCUUUGCCAUCCAGGACAUCUCUGUGGAAGAGACAUCAGCUAAAGAAGGGUUGCUUCUGUGGUGUCAGAGGAAGACAGCCCCGUAUAAAAAUGUCAACAUCCAGAACUUCCACAUCAGUUGGAAGGAUGGCCUUGGUUUCUGUGCCUUGAUCCACCGACACCGGCCCGAGUUGAUUGACUAUGGGAAGCUGCGGAAGGACGAUCCACUCACAAACCUGAACACAGCCUUUGAUGUGGCAGAGAAGUUCUUGGACAUCCCGAAGAUGUUGGAUGCCGAAGACAUCGUCGGAACCGCCCGGCCCGAUGAGAAAGCCAUUAUGACUUACGUGUCUAGUUUCUACCAUGCCUUCUCUGGAGCCCAGAAGGCGGAGACAGCAGCCAACCGCAUCUGCAAAGUCUUGGCCGUCAAUCAAGAGAAUGAACAGCUUAUGGAAGACUACGAGAAGCUGGCCAGUGAUCUUUUGGAGUGGAUCCGCCGCACCAUCCCAUGGCUGGAGAAUCGGGUGCCCGAGAACACCAUGCAUGCCAUGCAGCAGAAGCUGGAAGACUUCCGAGACUACCGGCGCCUGCACAAGCCGCCUAAGGUGCAGGAGAAGUGCCAGCUGGAGAUCAACUUCAACACGCUGCAGACCAAGCUGCGCCUCAGCAACCGGCCCGCCUUCAUGCCUUCCGAGGGCAGGAUGGUCUCGGAUAUCAACAAUGCCUGGGGUUGCCUGGAGCAGGCAGAGAAGGGCUACGAGGAGUGGCUGCUGAAUGAGAUCCGGAGGCUGGAGAGGUUGGAUCACCUGGCAGAGAAGUUCAGGCAGAAAGCCUCCAUCCACGAGGCCUGGACCGAUGGCAAAGAAGCCAUGCUGCGGCAGAAGGAUUACGAGACAGCCACCUUGUCAGAGAUCAAGGCUCUGCUCAAGAAACACGAGGCCUUUGAGAGUGACCUGGCUGCCCACCAGGACCGCGUGGAGCAGAUCGCCGCCAUCGCACAGGAGCUCAAUGAGCUGGACUAUUAUGACUCACCCAGUGUCAACGCUCGUUGCCAAAAGAUCUGUGACCAGUGGGACAAUCUCGGGGCCCUCACCCAGAAGCGGAGAGAAGCGUUAGAGAGAACAGAGAAGCUGCUGGAGACCAUUGACCAGCUCUACUUGGAGUAUGCUAAGCGGGCAGCACCCUUCAACAACUGGAUGGAGGGAGCCAUGGAGGACCUUCAAGACACCUUCAUUGUACAUACCAUUGAGGAGAUCCAGGGACUGACCACAGCCCACGAGCAGUUCAAGGCCACCCUCCCGGAUGCCGACAAGGAGCGCCUGGCCAUCCUGGGCAUCCACAAUGAAGUGUCCAAGAUUGUCCAGACCUAUCAUGUCAACAUGGCAGGCACCAACCCCUAUACAACCAUCACGCCUCAGGAGAUCAAUGGCAAAUGGGACCAUGUACGGCAACUGGUGCCCCGGAGGGACCAGGCCCUAACAGAGGAGCAUGCCCGCCAGCAGCACAAUGAGAGGCUACGCAAGCAGUUUGGGGCCCAAGCCAAUGUCAUUGGUCCCUGGAUCCAGACCAAGAUGGAGGAGAUUGGGAGGAUCUCCAUUGAGAUGCACGGCACCCUGGAGGACCAGCUCAGCCACCUGCGGCAGUACGAAAAGAGCAUUGUCAACUAUAAGCCAAAGAUUGACCUGCUGGAGUGCGACCAUCAGCUCAUCCAGGAGGCGCUUAUCUUCGACAAUAAGCACACCAACUACACCAUGGAGCACAUCCGUGUGGGCUGGGAGCAGCUGCUCACCACCAUUGCCAGGACCAUCAAUGAAGUGGAGAACCAGAUCUUGACCCGGGAUGCCAAAGGCAUCAGCCAGGAGCAGAUGAAUGAGUUCCGGGCCUCCUUCAACCACUUUGACCGGGAUCACUCCGGCACGCUGGGUCCUGAAGAGUUCAAAGCCUGCCUCAUCAGCUUGGGUUAUGAUAUUGGCAACGACCCCCAGAAGAAGACGGGCAUGAUGGACACAGAUGAUUUCCGCGCCUGCCUUAUCUCCAUGGGUUACAACAUGGGAGAGGCAGAAUUUGCCCGCAUCAUGAGCAUUGUAGACCCCAACCGCUUGGGGGUAGUGACGUUCCAGGCCUUCAUCGACUUCAUGUCCCGAGAGACAGCUGAUACCGACACAGCAGAUCAGGUCAUGGCUUCCUUCAAGAUCCUGGCAGGAGAUAAGAAUUACAUCACGGUGGACGAGCUGCGCCGUGAGCUGCCACCUGACCAGGCCGAAUACUGCAUCGCGAGAAUGGCCCCCUACGCAGGCCCCGACUCUGUGCCCGGUGCUCUAGACUACAUGUCCUUCUCCACCGCGCUGUACGGCGAGAGUGACCUCUAACCCGCCCCCCCCCCCCCCCUCCCACCUUGGCCCUCCCUCUGCGCGUGCGCCCCGCCCGCUGCUCCUCCUCCUCCUCCUCCUCCUCCGCCCCGCCGCUGCCCAGUCCGCCUGUCCGGGUUUGGUUUCAGCUCAGCCACCAGGGGACUAGCUGCAACCCGGGCGGCACCAAGCCUCCCUGCCCGCGAAGUGACAGUUUACAAAAUUAUUUUCUGCAGAAAAGGAAAAAAAAAAAAAGUUACAUUAAAAAAAAAAAAAGUUUAAAAAAAAAACUACAUAUUUUAUUAUAGAAAAAAAGUAUUUUUUUCUCCACCAGUCUUAAAUGGAAAAGAAAAAUUAACUAUUUGCACCGCAAUGUUUUUGUUGUGACAUAGGAAAAUAACCAAGCACAAAGUUAUAUUCCAUUCUUUUUACUGACUUUUUCCCCCCUCUACCUGUUCCGUCUUCUGAAUUCAUUUCUCUAAUCUCAUGUCCACCUGGGGAGUGGGGGUAGGUGGGUACUCUUGUCAAAGGCACAGUGGUGCAUGUGUGUUUGCUAGCUCACUUGUCCAUGAGAAUAUUUUAUGAUAUUAAAGAAAAUCUUUUGAAAUGGCUGCUUUUCAAAGAAGAUAAUUCAUGGCUUCUCAUUUUUAAGUCUCCUCAAAAGUGUGGCUGUCCUGUUUUAUGAAUGCAGACUUUAAAAAAUUUUUUGAAUAUUGCCUAUUAAAGAUAGGGCAGACUUGGAGAUUAUGAUGUUGCUUGGCACAGACUGUAUUAAAACUACACUCCCGUGA